AUGUCGCUUGUUCGAGCAGGGAUGAUCGCUAUUCUUAUAAUCGCGUUUCUGCAAAACGCUGCGGCUAAGAACAGACCGCACAGUAUUGAAAAGUAUCAUGGUGCGGUUGCGACAGACGAUGGACGGUGUUCUAAAAUAGGAAUGAGAAUUCUGCGUCAAGGAGGAAACGCUAUUGAUGCGUCCGUGGCCGCUGCUCUUUGUUUGGGAGUUGUGAGUUCAGCGUCUAGCGGCUUAGGCGGUGGAGUCUUUAUAGUGGUUAAGAAGGCUGGUGGGAAAGAAGUAGCUUACGAUGCUAGAGAAACUGCUCCUCUCCGCGCCUCUGAGAAUAUGUAUGGAGGCAAUCUUGAUCUAAAAAAGAAAGGAGCCUUAUCAGUAGCCGUUCCCGGGGAAGUUGCUGGUCUAUUCACGGCUUGGAAACAACAUGGAAAGCUACCGUGGAAGCGGUUAGUUAGUCCCGCAAAGAAACUCGCAGCUAGAGGUUUCAAGAUUACAAAGUAUCUCCAUAUGCAGAUGAACGCCACCAGGGACCAUAUCCUAGCAGACAAAGGUCUCUCUAAACUAUUUGUUUCAAAUGGUGAGCUCAAGAAACCAGGAACAAUUUGCCGGAACCCAAAACUGGCUUUAACCUUGAGGCACAUUGCAAAGUAUGGUCCAAAAGCGUUUUAUAAUGGCACGGUUGGGGUUAACCUAGUGAGAGACGUCCUCAAAUUUGGAGGGAUAAUAACUUUGAAAGAUAUGCAAAGUUAUAGAGUCAAAGUCAAAAAACCAUUAUCCGCAGACAUUCUAGGACAUCGACUACUCGGUAUGCCUCCUCCUUCAUCCGGUGGUGCUGCAAUGGUCCUUAUUUUGAACAUUCUAUCUCAGUAUGGAGUUCCAUCAGGAGUUUCGGGCUCUCUUGGUGUUCAUCGAUUAGUAGAGGCUUUAAAACAUGCUUUCGCAAUUAGAAUGAACCUUGGAGAUCCAGAUUUCGUUAACGUUACUAAAGUUGUUUCGGAUAUGUUGUCUCCAAAGUUUGCAAAAGAAUUGAAGAGGAAGAUAAACGACAAUAAAACCUUUGAUCCAAAAUAUUAUGGUGGCAAGUGGAACCAGAUCAAAGAUCACGGAACAAGCCAUGUAUCGAUAAUAGAUCGUGAGAGGAAUUGUGUUUCGAUGACUAGUACAAUAAACGCUUACUUUGGUGCAUUGAUGGUGUCUCCUAGUACCGGAAUCGUUUUGAACAACGAAAUGGAUGAUUUCUCGAUCCCUUUGAAGUCCUUUGGUGACUCAGAUGUGCCGCCACCAGCACCUGCUAACUUUAUACGUCCCGGGAAACGACCUUUGUCAUCCAUGACUCCAACCAUUGUACUCAAGGAUGGUAAAGUUAAAGCUGCAGUGGGUGCAAGCGGAGGAAUGUAUAUCAUCGCUGGAACAACUGAAGUUUUCUUGAAUCAUUUCUUCCUCAACAAGGAUCCUCUUUCUUCGGUCGUGGCUCCAAGAAUCUACCACCAGUUGAUACCAAACAGAGUUUUAUAUGAGAAUUGGACGACGGCUUACAAUGAGCAUUUCGAGAUACCUAAAGGGACAAGACAUGUGUUGGAGAAGAAAGGUCAUGUCGUAACGCCGUUUGCUGGAGGGACGAUUUCUCAGUUCAUAGUUCAAGAAUCCGAUGGGAAGCUUGUGGCUGUGAGUGAUCCAAGAAAAGGAGGGUUCCCUUCAGGAUAUUGA